GUCUGCGUCUGUUUUUCGCAUUCUGUUUUCAAAAGCGUUACCAAAGAAAGUGUGAAAAGUGUGUGAAGAAUUCGCAAACCAACAAAAAAAACAAAAGCCCAAAACAAGUUUUAUUGUUACACAAGUGAAAUUUGGCCGUGUUAAUUCGGUUUUGCGUUUUGAUUUGAGCACAUCAACUAAUAGCAUUGAGAAAAGCAAACAAAUAAACCCAGUCGAAAUUAUUAUUAUAUGUGCAGCAACAAUUGAAGAUAAAUGUAAUGCCAGUGACUGUGCAGCAGCCGAGGCAGCAACGGGCUCGAGAAUGGCAGCAAUCAGUAUGACAAACGGACGGCAGUGAUUAAAACCAGUCAGGCCAGACUAGCCCAGCCUAGCCCCAUUGGCACCACCACCAGCCACUCAGUCUGUGAGUGCGAGACCAACAACAACAACAACAACAAUAAGAGCAGCUGCAACACCAAACGUUGCUGAAUCAUCAGAACACUGAAAACACACACAAAACGAAAAAUAAAGAAAAGAGCCUGGCUCAACAGUUUUCAAGUGCGCUACGUCAAUUGAAAAUACUUUAAGUCUGCAGCUAGAAGAACACACGUCAACUGAAAACUGAAAAACGAAGAGACCUUCAGCGAUCAUAGUGCAACAGCAACACGACAAGUGCAACACAGAACAGCAACCAUGCUAAUUACUGACCGGAGAAGAAUACGUCAACUGACGAUGUUCAAUGCCUUCAUCACGCUCUGUCUAUGCCUCCUCGUUGUCACAAUCGAAGCUUGGAUGCCCGAUGUGCGACCCGAUUUGCAAACGAAGCCAGACAAAGUGAUUGCCAGUUUCUUUGGCAACACCACGGACUAUUAUAAGAUUUUGGAUCACGAUGAUGAGAGUGUUCUCGUGGGUGCCAAGGACGUCAUCUACAACAUCAGCAUGAUGGGACUGAAGGAGAACAGUCGACUGGUGUGGAACAGCUCCGGCGCCGAUCGCGAGCUGUGCAUGCUGAAGGGCAAACACGAGUGGGAUUGCCACAAUUAUAUGCGUGUCUAUGCUCCGCUCAGCGAUGGUCAGAUACUGCUCUGCGGCACCAAUUCGUACAAGCCGCGCUGUCGUCAUUACACACCCGUUGAACAGACACCGGAUGGAGCUGGCGCCGGAAGUAUGCGCUACGAGAUCACGCGUGAUGUGGAGGCCCAGGGUCUAUGUCCCUAUAGUCCUGCUCAUAACAGCACCUACGCCUUUGCCGAUGGCCAUUUGUAUAGUGCCACUGUGGCCGAUUUCUCUGGCGGAGAUCCAUUGAUCUAUCGGGAGAAUCUGCGCACCGAACAAUAUGAUCUCAAGCAACUAAAUCAGCCAGACUUUGUGGGCGCCUUUGAGCGCAACGGCUACGUUUUCUUCUUUUUCCGUGAACUGUCCAUGGAGUACAUGAACUUUGGCAAAGCGGUCUACUCGCGGGUCGGACGCGUCUGCAAGAACGAUCGUGGUGGUCCCUACAAUCAUGGCAAGAGCUGGACAUCGUUCCUCAAGGCGCGACUCAAUUGCUCUAUGCCUGGCGACUUUCCCUUCUAUUUCGACGAGAUACAGGCUAUAAGUCCGGUUGUAGAGAUCAAUGGUCAAGCCAUGGUCUAUGCUGUGUUUACCACCUCAGUGAAUGCCAUUCCCGGCUCGGCUGUGUGUGCCUAUCGCGUCGAUGACAUCUUGGCCGCCUUUGACGGCGAUUUCAAAUCACAAAAGGACUCCCAGUCGCAUUGGCUGCCCGUGGAGCAGACGCAGGUGCCCAAGCCACGUCCCGGCCAGUGUGUGGAUGACUCGCGUACGCUAGCAAGCAUUUCGGUUAACUUUAUCAAGAACCAUCCACUGAUGGAGAGCGCUGUGCCUGCCGUGCACAAUCGCCCACUGCUGACGAAAGUGACUCUGAUGCAUCGUCUCACGGCCAUUGCUGUGGAUGCCCAAGUGCAGGCGUUGAAUGGCAAGCACUACGAUGUGAUCUACAGUGGCACCGACGAUGGCAAGGUGACCAAGUUUAUCAAUGUCAUCACAUCGCAUCCAAACAACACAGAUCGCCUGCGCACUGUUGUCAUCUCCGAGAUGCAGGUGCUGCCCUUGGGCACACCAGUGCGUGAAAUGGUCAUCUCGUCGAAGAAGAACACACUCGUUGUGGUUAGCGAUGGAAGACUGGUGACGGUGCCAUUGCAUCAUUGUUCGCUAAUUAUGGACUGCGUCGGUUGUCUAAGCAUGCAGGAUCCGAACUGCGCCUGGGAUCUGCAGACACACGAGUGCAAGAAUCUCGCGGCCAGUCAGCACAAGUUUGGCACCAAAACCUAUUUGCAGAGUCUUAACACCACAAAGAAAUCAGCCGCCUCGCUUUGUCCCAAAACAGCCGCAGAUCCUGUGAUUGUAACCAUGCCGCCAUCGCAAGUGGAUGAUUCACAAAAGCUGCACUAUGCUAGUGUGGCGGAGAAACCAUCCAGCAUUGAUCAGCAGGCAACGGGCGUUGGUGUUGACUUUGCGCUCAAUGAUUACAUUGACGAGAAUAAAAUACCACAGGCAUCUGUGGACCCCGAGCAAGUUAUGACUAGCCUGCAUGAUCCUCAGAAAUCGAUAGCUGUUGUCAAUGAGCUGCAGAAGGCUACAUUGUCUAGCUAUAACGUAUUGAUCAUUGUGUUUGUGAUAAUGAUUGCCUUCUUCUUGGGCACCGUUGCAGGCAUCAAAAUUAAUAAGAAAUGCAAACAAAGUCGUCUAGAUGCCAGCCAUCACAAUCACUUUGGUAAACCAACACAAUUCAAGCAUCAAAACAGCGGCAAGGACAUUAAUUUAUUGAUCAACUCGAAUCCGUACACGACGACGCAGAAAACGCCAAAUCUGGAUCUUGAAAAAGAUCGCAGUCACGAGUGCAAGAACUCCACAGAGCACUUGGAAAAGGAGCUGCCUUGCAAAACGUCAACGCUAACAAAAGUGAAACGCACCUACAUAUGAGGAAAACACACACACAAACACAAUUCUUUUGGUGGCCAGUUUGCCACAAGAUUAGUCGAAUUUUCGUUGUUUAUGUUGCAGUAGUUGUUAGUAAACCUCCCCAACGAUUGGGCAUACAACAUUCAGUUUUGACGGCACGUUUGAAACGUGCCUCGGGGCCCAUCCGAAACUGUUGUGUGCGCUUAUCAUUUACUUUAAUUUCGUCAAGAUUUAGUUAAAUUUAUUGCUAAUGCGCUGCCUCGAUUACUGCGUUAGCUGGAAAUGGGAAGUGGUAAUUGAAACGUGCCUUCCUUCCCUUUUUCUGGCUAUUGUAUAGAUGAUUUGGGUAGCGCGUCUUUAUGUUUAGUUGAUAGAAUAGAUGCCAAGUGCAAGAAAUUAGAGCUUAACACAUUUUACAUAUCACAUGUAGAAGGCAUGCAUUUGAGGUCACACGCAAGAAUUGGCUAUGUUUCUAUUGAACUACGACAACAAUUCUUGUUGGUGAUCACAAAUGUUAAACCCACCCACAAAAUCGAAUAUAUUUCUCGAAAAUUCAAAACGAUUAUUAAUCUGUACAAGUAUUUUGUUAGACUGAAUGUUUCACUAAUAAUCUUGCUAGUUUUCUUUUGGUGCAUGCAUGUGCGGUAAAAGAAUGCUAAUUUAAUUAUAAUCUGUGUCUAUUUUGUGGCUAACAGAAGGCAAUACAAAUUGUAUUUAAAAUUUAAGCUCAAUAAGGAAUUGAAAAUAUCGGGGGAAGAAUGUAUUUUUGUAACUUAACAUAGUGUCCCUAGGAUAAGAAACAAUAUAAUUAAUUCAUUAAUUAUGCGUUCAACACAUCAAAUAAUAUGAGGCUGAUUCAUAAGAACUGAGAUCCCUUGACAACGGCAGCCCCCAAAAAAGCAGCAUACAAUCACGCACAAAACAAAUAAGAAUUGCACGCGCCUUAAACAAAAUACCAUCUAAUUAUACAUAAUUAUAUGCCUAUAUUUAGGCCUUAAAUGUAAAGUUAAACAGUUAGACUAAGAAUUAUAAUAAAAUAGUUUGCAUGUAUUUUAAACACAGAUUCAGCAUUUUAAUACGUUUAUGUUUAUUUUUUUAAGCUGUUGUCCGUCCGUAACAUGCAAUUUUUUUAUACACAAUAAUUCAUAAUAUAUAUUUUUAUAUGUACAAUGUAUCUAAUAUCUUAAGUCUUUAAGUACAACUUUAAAAGAAAAACACGCAAAAUGAAAAGUUUUCAACAAAAAAAUUACAAGUUUGAUAAUUAACGAGAGUUUAAAAUUACCGAUAUCAAAAUUUUUAGAAUCAGGAUUGCUUCCGCUUGAGGAACUCACGUAACAACAACACAAUCUAGAUCAGAAGCGAGCAAUGCAAAACCUGAAAUUCUCAUAUUGUGAUAGAUUAUAUUGAAAUUUUUUAUGAUAAAAUAUAUAAAAUGAUAUGCCUUUUGAUUGAAAAUAACAAUGAUAUACAUGGAAUAAAGAUGCAUGCAAGAUAUUUGCUAAUAGAUCUUCCCGUUGGAGGAAAUAAAAAGAAGAAAAUGUAAAUUUUUUAAAAUAUAUAUAUUUGUAUGUAUGUAUUGUACUUGAUAUAUUGUUGUAAAGAAGUUCAAUGAGCUAUGCUAAAUUUAAUAAAGUCGUCUUUUUAAUACAA